UCUUCUCUAUAGUUUGGGUGACAACACAAAGCCAAACAAACACAAUGGUGUGUUGAUCACUCUCUCUUCUCUCUUCCUCUUUCUCCAUUUGAUGUCUCUCCCCACCAAACGGUCGGGCACCGCUGGUUCCUCCCCGUCGCCGCCACCCCCUAUGAAAAAGGCCAAGUCGCUCCUCCUCCGCGCCCCCUCCGACGACGCCGUUCUAGACUCUUCCUCCAUGCCUCUCGACGACGAUCUCCCCAAUGCCCGCGCCGCCAAUCUUUCCCGUAAGAAAGCCACCCCGCCCCAGCCCGCUAAGAAGCUCCUCAUCAAGCUCCACAAAGCUAAGCCAACACUGCCCACGAAUUUUGAGGAGGAUACGUGGGCAAAACUAAAGUCUGCCAUUUGUGCUAUAUUUUUGAAGCAACCUAACUCCUGUGACUUGGAGAAGCUUUAUCAGGCUGUGAAUGAUCUCUGCCUUUAUAAAAUGGGUGGAAAUCUUUAUCAACGAAUAGAGAAGGAGUGUGAAUCACAUAUAUCUGCAGCGUUGCAGUCUUUGGUUGGCCAGAGCCCAGAUUUAGUUGUUUUCCUCUCUUUAGUUGAGAGAUGUUGGCAGGAUCUUUGUGACCAAAUGUUGAUGAUUCGUGGUAUAGCCUUGUAUCUGGACAGGACCUAUGUGAAACAAACAGCAAAUGUACGGUCAUUGUGGGACAUGGGCUUACAACUUUUCCGCAAACAUCUUUCAUUGUCCCCUGAAGUAGAACACAAAACUGUUACUGGUCUUCUUCGAAUGAUUGAAAGUGAAAGAAAAGGUGAAGCGGUGGAUAGAACCCUUCUAAACCAUCUUUUGAAGAUGUUUACUGCUCUGGGAAUUUAUGCAGAAAGCUUUGAGAAGCCAUUCCUUGAAUGCACAUCUGAAUUUUAUGCUGCUGAAGGUGUGAAAUACAUGCAGCAAUCAGAUGUUCCAGAUUAUUUGAAGCAUGUGGAGAUAAGAUUGCAAGAAGAACAUGAAAGAUGCUUGAUCUACUUGGAUGCAAGUACUAGGAAGCCAUUGAUAGCAACAGCAGAAAAACAACUUCUUGAACGUCAUAUACCUGCCAUCCUUGAUAAGGGCUUUGCAAUGCUUAUGGAUGGGAAUCGUAUCGAAGACCUUCAGAGAAUGUAUUCACUCUUUUUAAGGGUCAAUGCCCUUGAGUCACUGAGGCAGGCAAUUAGUUCAUACAUCAGGAGAACUGGUCAGGGCAUUGUUUUGGAUGAGGAGAAGGAUAAAGAUAUGGUUUCAUCCCUUUUGGAAUUUAAGGCUUCUCUUGACACAACAUGGGAAGAAAGCUUUUCCAAGAAUGAAGCAUUCUGUAACACCAUCAAAGAUUCAUUUGAGCACCUCAUCAAUCUUCGUCAGAACCGGCCUGCAGAGUUGAUUGCCAAGUUUUUGGAUGAGAAACUUCGUGCAGGUAACAAGGGAACUUCAGAAGAAGAGUUAGAGGGAACACUUGAUAAAGUCCUGGUUUUAUUCAGGUUCAUACAGGGCAAGGAUGUGUUUGAGGCAUUUUAUAAGAAAGAUCUUGCAAAAAGACUGCUAUUAGGAAAGAGUGCUUCUAUUGAUGCUGAGAAAUCUAUGAUCUCCAAGUUGAAGACCGAGUGUGGCAGUCAGUUCACUAACAAACUAGAAGGGAUGUUUAAGGACAUUGAAUUGUCGAAAGAAAUAAAUGAGUCCUUCAAGCAGUCAUCUCAGGCUAGGACAAAACUCCCAUCAGGGAUUGAAAUGAGUGUUCAUGUCUUGACAACUGGGUACUGGCCAACAUAUCCACCCAUGGAUGUUAGACUUCCUCAUGAAUUGAACGUUUACCAGGAUAUUUUCAAAGAGUUCUAUCUAAGCAAGUACAGUGGAAGACGUCUGAUGUGGCAAAAUUCAUUAGGUCACUGUGUAUUAAAGGCUGAGUUUCCUAAAGGGAAAAAAGAGCUGGCUGUCUCCCUAUUUCAGACUGUCGUGCUGAUGUUAUUCAAUGAUGCUGAGAAACUAAGUUUUCAAGAUAUCAAGGACUCUACUGGUAUUGAGGACAAGGAACUGAGAAGGACUCUGCAAUCACUUGCCUGUGGAAAAGUUCGUGUCCUACAAAAGUUGCCAAAGGGUAGAGAUGUGGAGGAUGAUGACUCAUUUGUUUUUAAUGAAGGAUUUACAGCUCCUCUGUACCGUAUAAAGGUGAAUGCAAUUCAGUUGAAGGAGACAGUCGAGGAGAACACAAGUACCACGGAAAGAGUUUUCCAAGACCGUCAGUAUCAGGUUGAUGCUGCUAUUGUGAGGAUAAUGAAGACUAGGAAAGUGCUUAGUCAUACCCUUCUUAUUACCGAACUCUUCCAACAGCUGAAAUUUCCAAUAAAACCAGCGGACUUGAAGAAAAGGAUCGAAAGCCUGAUUGACAGGGAGUAUCUUGAGAGGGACAAAAACAACCCUCAAAUAUACAAUUAUCUGGCAUAGUUUAUUUUACUUCAUUUCACAUUUAAAAGUUUCUUUUGUUUAAUGACGUGGGUAAAGCUCUAUGUUUACUCCCUUGUCAUAUAUGUACAGUAACAACGGAUUCUCCCCACUCCUCUAUUUUUCUUUCCCUUCAUUUAUGGACAACUGUACUUUAAUUGUAAAGCAUAUUCUACCCUUUGAAUUUCUUUUCAUUUAGAUCAUCAAAAUUCAAAAUUGUUCUACCAAAAUGAUACAGAAAUUCAAAACAAUUGCUCA